AUGGCCUCAAUUCAGCUCAACUUCACUCUCCGUACCUCGGCCAACUGCAAGACUGUUCACUUGCUCGGCUCUUGGGACAACUACUCCGGACAAUUGCCGCUUUCCAAGGACUCGUCCAAGGCGGGCGGUUGGAAGGGGACGUUCCGUUUUCAAGGACAGACGCUCAAACAAGGCCAACGAUACUGGUACUACUACAUCAUCGAUGGCUAUCAUGUCUCCCAUGAUCCAGCUCGCGAGUCUGUCACGGAGCCGACGACAGGUCGGAAGUUGAAUGUCCUCGACAUUCCAUCUGGGAAACCUCCCGCUGCCGCUCCUGCCAGUCACAGUACAUCGUCCAAGUCUCAUCGACAUUCUCGUAAGACCUCGUUGUCUGUCAGUAUUCCCAAAGGACGGCCACUGGAGAAGUCCGAGAUUGUUUCUCCCAGACCAUACAAGCCUCAGGAAACAAAGAAAGUCCGCAACGAACAGUUCCAACACCCGACACUGGAGCAACUCAGCGCGAAGUUUGCCGCCGCCGAACUCAGUGAGGAGUCUGAGGAAGAGUCCGACUCCGAAUCGGACGUCGAAUCGGACGUACCAUCCCUCAGCUCGCGCAGCAGCAACUCCAGUACACCCAGCUCGGUCUCCAGUACAUCAUCCUGUUGUACCUGCGAACGCUACGGCAUCACACGCGCAGGUGCCAGGGUCAAGCUCGACUGUGGUGGAUCUCGUUGCGGCUACUCUGACGGCUCUGAAUGCAGCAGCGAAUCCGACGACGACUACAAGAAAGGCACUACACGCCGCCACGGCAUCGUGGUCCGCCAUUAG